CAGGAAGGUAGUGAGUGCUGUGCGGACAGGACCGGAGCGGUACAAACCUCGGGCCCUCCACCCGUGCCUAGCAGAGUCCUCCUUCGCUGGUGGGCACGGAGGAUGCUCUUCUGCAGAAGCUGGCCGAUGCGAUGCUCAAGGAGGACUGCGCCUCCGACCUGAAGGUCCACUUGGCCCAGUCCCUCCCUCUGCCUUCCAAUGUGACUCGCCCCCGAAUUGACCUGAUUGUGUUCGUGGUCAACCUUCACAGCAAAUACAGCCUUCAGGUCGUGGAGAAGUCCCUGCACCAUGUGGACACCACCUUCUUCCUGGGGAAGGUGGGCUUCCUCGUCACGGGCGCCGGGCGGGACAGUCACUGCAGCGUGCACCAGAACACCGUGCUGAGGCUGGCCCACACCUACCGGAGCCCCCUGCUCUUCUGUGACCUGGAGGUGGAAGGCUUUCGAGUCACCAUGGCGCAGCGCCUGGUCCGCAUGCUGCAGAUCUGCGCUGGCCACGUGCCUGGCGUCUCAGCCCUGAACCUGCUGUCCUUGAUGAGCAGCUCUGAGAACCCCUCCAUGGAGGGCCUGUGACGGCCAUCUGGGCGCCCCCUGCCCCCACCACAGCGAGGUCCCUGGCUCAGUAAACAUUCACUGUUGCCGAAGACCCACUUAGGGCUUGAGAGGCCCUCAGUCAGCAGGGUCACUUCUCCGCAGGACCCUAACUCUGCUCCAGCAGCGAGCGCUGUGGGGGCGCCCAGUGGUGGGACCAGCCCCCCUCCCCACCCACGCUCACUGCAGCAGAGCCCUGUCUUUAUCCAUCAGAUGUGGCCCGUCUCCACUCAGGACUGCUUGCAAGCAAGGCGUCUGUGGUCAGAAACAGUUCAAAAUGUACCAGUCUCGUCCAUUGCUUCGGUGCUGCAGAUGAACUGACUGGGCACAAUUAAGAGUAGGGCCAGGGGGGAGGGGUGGAGCUUGGCCUCUGUGAGCCCGGUCUGCCUCCACCUCUGGGCCUCGCGGUUCUUAGAGAACCUGGAUGUUGCCUCUUGGAGCCUCAGUUUCCCCAGGUGAGACGAGCUCGUUUGCCCUUCUGCACCAAGGGGACUGCAUGAAAUGACAGCAGUGAAGGGCCCGCGCUGGUGUCUUCACUCCCUGUGCGCAGUCGUGCUGAUGUGUUUCUUAAUAAACUGU